AUGUUGUUUAAGGACUGGUGGCUGGAGGAGGGGCUUCGUGAUGUCGAUGCAGUUGUCAAGACUGCUCUGGUGUCUGAAUGUGACAAGUGCCAAAGACGGCAGAAAAACAGAGCCUUUUGCUACUUCUGUAGCUCGGUACAGAAGUUACCAAUCUGUGCCCAGUGUGGAAAAACUAAAUGCAUGAUGAAAUCAUCUGAUUGUGUGAUAAGACACCCCGGGAUCCACAGCACUGGUCUAGCAAUGGUGGGGGCAGUCUGUGACUUUUGUGAGGCAUGGGUGUGCCAUGGAAAGAAAUGUCUUAGCACACAUGCCUGCAUCUGCCCCCUUGUAGAUGCAGAUUGUAUUGAAUGUGAAAGAGGAGUCUGGGAACACGGAGGAAGGAUAUUCCGCUGCUCUUUCUGCAACAACUUCCUGUGUGAAGAUGAUCAGUUCGAGCAUCAAGCCAGCUGCCAGGUUCUGGAAGCAGAAACAUUUAAGUGCAUUUCCUGUAACCGCCUUGGGCAACAUUCUUGUCUGCGCUGUAAGGCUUGCUAUUGUGGUGAUCAUAUCCGCAGCAAAGUGUUUAAACAAGAGAAGGGAAAAGAGCCACCCUGUCCCAAGUGUGGGCACGAAACACAGGAAACCAAAGAUCUCAGCAUGUCCACACGCUCUCUGAAGUUCGGUCGACAGAGUGGGGCGGAUGAUGGAGAUGGUGCCUCGGGUUAUGAUGCCUACUGGAAGAACCUGGCAUCAGGAGGCGGGGCUGGAGGGGAUGAGGAGUACGAUGAUGAGGAGUAUGGAGAUGACGAAGACUACGAUGAUGAUGAUGAGGAAGACGAUGAUAAGGAGUCUGACACUGAGGCCUCUGAACCUUUCUCUGAUCUUAAUCUGGGGAGGACCUAUGCCAGUGGGUAUGCCCACUACGAGGAAUCACAAAACUAAAUGGUGCAUGUAUCAUUUAUAUAGUUGCUGUAUACUUGAGUACUUGGAUGUACCAAAAUAAUACAAAUUUGAAAUUGCUAGCAAAAAGUUGUUUGAUUUUAUUUGUACAACUUUGUUAAAAUUAAUUGUAUUGUGAUUUUAUUGUCAUAUUUAAGACAAAUAAACUAUGUAAUAAGU